AUGGGUUCGUAUUUGGGUAUUCCAGAAAUUCUCCAGGGUUCAAAAACUAAGGAUUUUAGCUAUGUUAAGGAUCGGUUGGAUGACCGAGUAAAUGGUUGGUCUGCGAAGUAUUUAUCGAAGGGGGGUAAGGAGAUUAUGAUUAAGUCGGUGGCGAUAGCUCUUCCUACCCAUGUUAUGUCGUGUUAUAAACUACCGCAGGAACUGACAUCCAAAUUAACGAAUGUUAUUUCUACCUUCUGGUGGAAGUCGAAUGAUAAGGCUCGUGGUAUGCAUUGGGUAGCUUGGGAUAAAAUGUGUAAAGAUAGGUGUGAAGGGGGCCUUGGUUUCAGAGCUCUGGAUCAAUUUAAUGAUGUUAUGCUGGCGAAACAGUUCUGGCAUGUUAUUCAUUGUAAGACUUCCUUAAUGGCUCGGGUAAUGAGAGGCCGAUCUUUUAGGAAUAAACAUCCUCUUAUGGCCAAAAAACCGUAUAAACCUUCCUUUGCUUGGAGGAGUAUCUACUCAACUAAGGCACUGGUGGAGCAAGGCGCGAGGUGGGCGUUAGGCUCUGGCUGUUCUAUCUCGGUUUGGCGUGAUCCGUGGUUACCAGAUAUUCGGCCAAGACCAGCUAAUGGUCGAGGUUGA